AUCUUUGACACAAACAGAACUUAUUUAAAGUGAAGCAGUCUGCAGUAGUUCAAACCUUUUGGUGCCAACUGUUCGAGAAGUUAGUUGCGUGUCAAUUGCGGAAGCAGACAGCUGUGAAAGUUUGUAAUUAAAUACAGACUAAAGUAAAUUAAUUACAUGGUUUCAAGAUCAGAAUCUGGCUGAAAAUAUACAAUGUUAUACCUUGAACUUGGGCUGACAUGAACGAAUUGUGUAUAAAUUCACAGAAACGCCGCUGCAAUGAAAUCACGUGGACUCGACUAUUGGAAAAGACAGUUCCUCAAAAAGCGAUUCAAAUACACGGUUGUUUUCGUGUGUUUAGUCGGUAUACUCUUCUUAUGCUUUCAAAUGCUAUCACUUACUGCCAUCACACAUGGUAACGUGGAAAGAUUAAUCCGGCAUUUAAAAGUAAACGUUAGGGGAAUGCAUCCAAAUAAUGCGUACAAAUAUGUACCAAAUUCCAAAGGAAACUUUGUAUGCCACAGUUCGAAACAAGAGAUAGAUUUUCGGCUCGUGAAUGAUAAUUACUGUGACUGUCCAGCAGACGGAAGCGACGAACCAGGAACAAACGCGUGCAAGAAUGCUGUCUUUCAUUGUGAAGCUGAGGCUAGUCUGUCAAAAAGUGUUCCAUCAAACCAGGUAAAUGAUGGUAUUUGUGACUGCUGUGAUGGGUCAGAUGAAUGGGCACAAAUCUUUUUUCCAUACAGGAUAAGUGAGGAACUCCAGAUGAAGCUUGGAAGAUACCACUCUCCGUGUCCAAAUCUUUGCCCAGAUGAUGUGUGAUGAAUUUAUGUUUACUUAAAUGUUGUUCCUGCCUCUGUGUGUACUUAAAACAGUUUUUAAGAACCUGAUCUCAGACAUUAGAGACCGAAUAUGUGCCUUAAUUUCACAAAACUGAAAAAAAUUGGUUGUCAGCAUUUCAGCAGCUAUUUUAUUUUAAAAGGAGAUGAUGUUUUAGAAAAUAUGCAUACAACAUUCCUGGAAGGAAUUUAUACUCUAUGGGCACAGUAGGGAAGAAGAUCCAGAUACAUAACAGACAUACUGUGUGAUAUAGCAAACAAAUAUUAAGUUGCUUUAAAUAUGCACUGGUAAUUUUUCAAAAAUGUCAGUUUUUUAAUGCUAAAAUUCAUACUUAAAGAGAAAGAAAUGAACAAAAAUUGCAUAACAGAAACCACAUUCCGUUUCAUUAAAACCAUCGAAAUACCUAGAAUAGUGCUGUUUUUAUAAGUUCAUUUUGAUAUUCUUUACUGUAGAAGUUAAUAUGUGCAUUCUGUAUCUCCCACACCCCACCCCUCCUAUCAUAAAUUUUCUCAAUUAGCCACUUUAUAUGUCAUAUCAGUAGACUUCCAGUUUACAUAGUAUUUAUAAAGCCUGAAAAACUUAUAUUACCUUUGUGUAACUAGAAUGCAGAUUGAUACCGUCCAACGCGUAGGGUGCCACAAUCGUAAAGGCACUUUUUAUUUUGCGAGAACUUCAGUGUUAGGUUUUCUUAAAAUAAAGACCCUUCGGUAGUAUUAUUACAGCUUAAAGCAAAAACAAUUGUAAUACUGCAAGGGACUCUGUCACAUAUUUGUAAUGUGUAUCUGUAAAAUAAAAUUAUUCUUAAAUA